GACCCCGGAUAUCAUCAUUUUGGGGAUUUCUUCCUGUGGCCAUGGCAGAUAUGUCAGUACCCUUACAUUCACCACGAUUCAACAAUAUGCUGAGGGUCGAAAAUGAUCUCCCAAACAGGGGGACGACUUUCUCUGGACCAACGACACAGACCAUAGAAGAGGUCCAAAUUCUGCAAUCUCAUGUACAGCCUAUAGUCUCAACUUCAGCAUCAGACCCUGGAGUGAUGUCCACACAGCUGAUCACAUCGCCAGACUUUGAUACCAUGUCCACACCUCUAAUGGGAGUACCAAACUCUGGAGAAUUGUCCUCACCACUAAUGCCAGCCUCCGACGCUGGGAUACUGUCCCCAUUGCUAAUGCCAGCUUCAGAUUCAGAGCCACUGUCCCCAUUGCUAAUGCCAGCCUCCGACUGUGGGGCACUGUCCCCAUUGCUAAUGCCAGCUUCUGAUUCUGGAACAUUGUCCCCAUUGCUGUCCACUUCAGACUAUGGUCUAAUGUCCCCAGGGCUGAUGACAAUUCCUGACUUUGGAGCAAUGUCCACAACACUAACGGAAGCACCAGAUUCCGCAGAGAUAUCCCCACUGGCCAUGCCAACUCCAUCCUCUGGAGUGAUAUCUACAUCUAUAAUGAGCACACCAUCCUCUGAAGAUAUGUCCACACCGUUAAUGUUAGCCCCAGAUCCUGGAGAGAUGUCCCCACUCCUAAUGCCAGAUAUAAACCCUGGAGUGAUGUCCACACAACCAAUGUCAGCUCCAGACUCUGAAGCAAUGUCACCACUGCAAAUUACAGAUGAAGACACUGAAGCGAUGUCCAAAGUACUAAUGACUGCCCUCGCCUCUGGAGAGAUAGCUUCACUGAUAAUGUCAGGCACAGACUCUGAAGCUUUAUCUUCAUUGAUAAUGUCUGCCCUAGCUUCUGGAGCAACAUCAACCCAUCCAACAAGCACCCAAGACUCUGGGGAAAUGUCCACCCAGCUAAUGGCAGGCCCAAACUCUGGAGCGGUGUCCUCACUGUUAAUGUCAACUCCAGGCCCUGGAGAAAUGUCCACACUGCUUCUAUCAGGUUCAGAUGCUGGAGAAAUGUCCACGUUGCCAAAACCAGUCCCAGACACUGAAGUAAUGCCCUCGCCACUAAUGUCGGCCCUGACGUCUGGAAUGAUGCCCACCCAGCUGAUGCCAGCUGAAAGUUCUGGAGUAAUGCCCUCACAGUUAACACAAAAUCUAGACUCUCAAAGCAUGUCCACACCUCAAAUGAGAGCCCUGGCCUCUGGCAACAUGUCUACAUUGCUAAAGACAGUUUCAGACUCUGGGGCAUUGUCCACCCCAUUGGUUACGGUCACAACCUCUGGAACAAUGUCCACAGAGCAAACCGCAGCCUCUCAAGUGAUGUCCACACAGGUAACAGUGGCCAGAACUUCUGGAGCAACAUCCACAGACUUUAUGAAAGCCAUAAACAAUGGGGAAAUAUCCACACUGCCAGUGAGAGCCCCAGCUUCUAGAAUGAUGUCCACACCGCUAAGGAGAGCUCCAGAUUCUGGAGCAAUAUCCACACAACCAGUUAUUGCCCCAGCCUCUGAAACAGUGUCCAUGCUACAUCUGACAGUCCCAGCCUCUGGGUCAAUGUCCACACUGCAAACGAGAACCCCUGUUUCUGGAGCAAUGCCCAUGUCACAAAAGAGAACCAUGGUCUCAGAAGUAACAGCUGUACCACAAAUGAGAGCUCAAGCCUCUGGAGCAAUGUCCACACUGUUAACCAUAGACACAGCCUCGGGAGUGAUGUCCAUGCCACAAACGAGAGCUACAGCCUUGGGAGCAUUGUCCAAGCCACUAAUGACAUCCAAGGCCUCAGAAGCAAUGCUCAUGCAGCAAAUGACAAUGACAGGUUCUGGAGACAUAUCCACAAUACUAAUAAGUGACACAGCUUCUGGAACCAUGUCCAUGCCACAGAUGACAGACACUGCCUCUGCAGCUAUGUCCGCACCACAAAUGACAACUGCAGCCUCUGGAACUGUGUCCACACCUUUUAUGAGAGCCCCAGACCCUGGAGCAGUGCCCACAGAACUAAUGAGAACCAUAAGCUCUACAAAGUUGCCCAGGCAGCCAAUAAGCACCAAAAAUUCUGGAGGGAUGUCCAGGUCACUUUCGAGAUUUACGACCUCUGGAGGGGUGUACUCACUGCAGAUGCAAGCCCCAGCCUCUGAAAUGAUAUCCACACCAAAAUUGAGAGCCCCAGCCUCAGGGGAGAUGUCCACACCACCGAUGAGAGCCUCAGACCCUGGAGAGGUGUCUGCACUGCUCAUAAGAGGUUCAUCAUCUGGAGAGGUAUCCACACCACUAAGGAGACACCCAGAUUCUGGAGAGAUAGUCACAUCUCUGAGACCCCCAGCUUAUGAAGUUAUGCCUACUCCACAAAUGACAGCCACGGCUUCUGGAAUGGUAUCCAUACCACAAAUGAGGGCCCCGGUCUCUGGUGACAUGUCCACAUGGCUCAUGACAUCCACAGCCUCUGGAGUAAUGCCCAUGCCUCAAAUGACAGCCAUGUCCUCUGGAGAGGUGUCCAUACCACAGUUGAGAGCUCCAACCUCUGGAGCAAUGUCUAUACCACAGAUGAUGCCCACAGCUCCUGGGGAGACAUGCACACUAUCAAAGCAAGCCCCAGCCUCUGGAAUGAUGUCCCCACCACUAUUAAGGGCUCCAGUCUCUGGAAUUAUGUCCACAGCACUAAGGAGACCUUCAGGUUCUGAAGAUGUGUCCACAGAGUUAAUGAGACCUCCAGCCUCUGGAAAGAUGUCCACUGCACAAACAAUAGCUAUGGCCUCUGGAGGGAAGUCCAAGCCAUUCAUGAGAACCACAGCCUCUGGAACAAUGCCCAUGCCAUUGAUGUCAGCCGUGGCUUCUAGAGAGAUGUCUGUGCCACCAAUGGAAAGCAAGGCCUCUGGAGCAAUGUCCACACUGCAAACAAGAGCCACAAGUUCUGGAUCUAUGUCCUUGCCAGAUAAAACACACUCAACUUCCGGAGGGAUAGUCACACCACCAAUGAAAGCCUCAGCUGCUGGAAUGGUGUCCAUGCCAUUUCUGAGAGCCACAUCCUCUGGCAGGAUAUCCACACCACUAAUGAGGACCCCAGUCCUGGGAGCCAUGUCCAUACCACAAAUGACAGCCAUAGCCACGUCCACACCACAAAUGGCAGCCACAGCCUCUGUGGACAGCAAAGCCACAGACUCUGGAGAAACAGCUGCCUCUCACAAUAACAUCAUGGACCCUGGAUCAAAGUCCACACCACAUGUGACUGCCACAACCCCUGAAACAGUGAACCCACCACCAAAGGAAGUUGAAUCCUUUGGCAUGCUGACUCCAGCGCUCUGUUACCUCUUAGAAGAACAGGAAGCAGCCCGGGGUUCAUGCUCUGAGGAGGAGGAGAUGGAGAUUGAUGAGGAGAAGCAAAUGAAGAGAUUUUUGAGUGAUUCAGAGAAAAUGGCAUUUCUGGUGUCUCUUCAUCUGGGGGCAGCGGAAAGGUGGUCUAUCUUGCAGAUGGAGGUAGGAAACCCCCUCUCAGAUGAAAAUAAAUCUUUCCUAAAAAGAUCACAGGGCUUAUAUAAUUCUCUCUCUGAGAUAGAUGUCCUCAGUGCCGUUCUUUGUCACCCCAAGCAGGGCCAGAAGUCAGUCAGGCAGUAUGCCACUGACUUCUUGCUGCUUGCCCAGCAUUUGUCUUGGUCUGAUGCCAUUCUACGGACCAGGUUUCUGGAAGGUCUCUCGGAAGCUGUUACCACCAAAAUGAGACAGAUCUUCCUGAAGGUGGCUGGCAGCCUAAAGGAGCUGAUAGACAGGUCUCUCUACACUGAGUGCCAGCUGGCUGAAGAGAAGGAUUCCCCGGGCAGCUCAAGCCAGGUUCUGCAGUCAGCCUGUAAACGGAAUAAUGAAGAGGCAAUGACGAAUGAACUGAACUCUCAUCAGCAGACUGAGGAGCAUCAGCAUGUUCCCAAACGCUGUUACUACCUGAAAGAGCAUGGAGACCCCCAAGAAGGUCUACACAACCACCUUCGACAGAGCAUAGGUCAUCAGAAGGCCCCCACCAACAAGUAA